GCCUCGCACAGUGGUCGUCUGCAGGAGAGAGAGGCGAGAGUUGUCGGGCGUCUCUCGUGGCUGCGUUUAUGUGCGUCCGUGCGCCGGUUGUGUGUGUUUUGGGUCCGCGUUUUGAGGCUGGAAACGGCUGACUUUGCCCGUGUUUUGAUCCGUCGUCAACGUCCGCCGACCGAGCAGCGUCGUGUGACCGCCAUGUGGAUACCAAACGCCGCUCCCUAACUCCCGCAUCCGGAGAGCGAACCUCUGCAUGCCUUCACGGAGGGAAAUCAGCAAGUAAACGAGCAACAUCGCAGCCCCGCGUGUUCGAGCAGCGACGGACUCGUGGGCUCGUUGCCGCAAAAGUCCUGGCCCGCUGUCAGGCGCCAACCUGUACCCCGAGAUAGCCUCCUCGAUAUACCGGAUGUGCUGACGGCGUGAGACUACCUUCAUGAUGCAGUCGAGUCGAGCAAGCCACUGCUGCUAAAGCACGCAGCGAGAGAUCCCCAGCCGCAGGCAGCCUGCGCCUUUUCUUCGAUGCCUGAUCUAUGGCAGACACAAUGGCACGGUCGCUAGAAGACGAUAGCCCUCGGAAGAGGUCUGUCGAAGAGGAUGUUGGAAAGCCCGGUGAUCUGUUUGAGCUGCUCAACAAGCUUCAAAACAGCCGCUUGGAUGACCAGCGCUGUGAACUUCCCCUGGGCUCUGCGAAGAAGGCCACUGCUGCGGUCGUCAGUAAGGCUGAGAGGCAGACUCGGGACCAGGAAAAAUUGGAAGAGAUCUUGAAGAAGCAGGCCGCAUACCCCAUGGUCGUGCUCCCGGUGGCGGGAGGCUACUGGGUGGACGGCGUCGAGUGCUCUUCCCCGUCGGACGUCUUCGACAGCGUCUUUGUCCCGGGACAUUUCACGCCUACAAAGAUCAACAGCGAAGAGAUCGCCCUCACCUACCGGAGGCAUUUCUUGGGCAGGGAACACCUCAACUUCCUCGGUCGGGACGAUGCAUCAAAUCCGUUCGUCCUUUCGCUCAAACUGGAGUCCCUGGCUGAGAAGGACGAUCACUACAGGGUCAUCCUUAGAACAAAUGACGGGGUUGUGAGUGACGUAAUACCAAACGACCCUAAAGCAGACGUCUGGACUGCUGCUCGGUUGGUCAAGUCUCUUCGUGAUAGCGUCUCCAGCUUAUUUUUGCAACCAGUCUCAUUUCCAAAGGCAUCUGAUCUUCUGCUUGCCUUUGACGAACAAGUUCUAGUCCACGAGUACAAAUUUGGAGUCAUCUAUCAGCGAGCAGGGCAGACGAAAGAGGAAGAACUGUUUGGAAACCGCUAUCACAGCCAAGCCAUGGAAGAGUUCCUUCACAUGCUCGCUGAGAAAGUCACCCUGAAAGACUUCUUGGGUUUCAGGGGCGGCCUCGACACGCAGCAUGGACAGACGGGGCAAGAAUCAUUUUACACGACUUUCAAGGGCUGUGAGAUCAUGUUCCAUGUUUCCACCUUGCUCCCCUACACCGAAGGGGAUGUACAGCAGCUGCAGCGGAAGCGGCACAUUGGCAACGACAUUGUGGCCAUAGUGUUCCAGGAGGAGAACACGCCCUUCAUGCCCACCAUGAUCGCCUCUCACUUCCUCCACUCGUUCCUGGUGGUGCAGCCCGUGCGCCCCAAGCGCCUGCACUCGGGACGGCACAGGUACAGGGUUGCCGUCACAGCUCGUCUGGACGUUCCGUUCUUCGAGCCUAAGCUCCCGGUUCCCGCGGAGUUUGAUGCUGGUCCCGAGUUUCGGGACUUCAUCCUGAGGAAACUGAUCAAUGCAGAGAAUGCGUCCUACAGGGCAGAACAGUUUGCAAAGUUGGAGGCACGCACACGAUGCUCCCUGCUCCAAACGCUGCACGACCAGCUCCAAGCCAAGACGCAGGAGUUCUCCGGUGCGGUGAAUUUUGUGACAGACGACGGCCUGAUGGUCGGGCUCGACGCCGCCUGCGGGGUGGGGGAGCAGCAGAAUGGCUCGGCGUCUGCCACAACAACGGCAGCGGGGGCGAGUUUCUUGGAUGGCUUCUUUCGCAAGGCACUGAGCGUCAAGAUCCGUAGCCAAUCCGUUGAGUCUAACCUGGCCAAACGGUCCUCGUCGAGCGCCAGCAGUAGCAGCCUCACCAACACCGUCAUCGGGGAGAACACACCGCUGGCCACGGCAACACCCAAGGCACAGAGCACCCGAAAUGUCAGCCAAGGAUCUCCAUCGCAAGCAUCUACUCGCAGGCUGGACUUCCCGACGGUUACCUCGCUGCUGGGAAUGAGCCGUCGGCGCCCCAACAGCAGCCCCACCACGCCAGUGUCGAGCCCUGAGACCCCACCCCCGCUGUCCAAGGGCCAGCCACACCAGCAGCAGUCCGGCACCGCCGAGUCCGACACCUCUAGUCUCAAUAGCGUGGAGUCUGACCUGGGCCUCAGCGCCACCCCUGCGGCAGAGGUCCCUCCGUGCCGGACCUCCAGGACGCUGCUGCUGCCCUGCACCUCUGCCCCGGCCACGGCUGCCCUGGCACAGGCGGCGGCUCUUGCGGAGGGUGCCGAUACUAUUCAAGGCUACCAGGACCAGAUCGAGACAAUGGCCCAGGAGCUGGCUCAUAUGAGGAGGGAGAGGUUUGACUGGCUCAAGGACAAAGCGGCACGUGGAGUCCCUUGGACCCUCUUUAUUCGCUUGAACUUGAUGCAGGCGGAGAUGCAGAAACUGACGGACAAGGAAGUUCGACUCACGACAGAACUGUCCCUUGCCAAGCGCGAAGUGGCGCGGCUCUCGAGACCCGUCUGAUUCUCUGGUCACCGCUCAUCCUAGUCAGCAGCCGGUUGAGCGUUGCGCCGGUCUUGCCAACCACCCCCGUGAACCGCGUUUUCCCGAGCGGUCCGGAGCGUGAGUCAUCUCGUACGUGAAACCAGCAUUUGCGUCUUCAUUCCGACCUUCAUUCUUUCGAAAGUUUUAACGCCUUCGGAACUCACGCACCUUGUACGGUGCAGCGUCGGCGUAGCCAAACAAUUCGGUGGAAAGCUCAUUGUCGGCAUUAUGUCAAUUGCUGUCGGCUUUUCUUGUACAGCCCACUAAGGCCGACCUUGUUUCUGUUGUAGUGGCAUUUAGUGAUGCAACGUGCGUCACUUGUGGUUUUCUUUGUAUCUCACUUACCUAACUUAAAGUCUCGUACAUUUUAUUGGUCAAGGUUGCCGAGCUUAGUAGCAGCACUUGUAUGAAUCGAAGAAAAAUCUCGGGGUCCUCUUAUACAUUGAUUGUUGCUUUUAGACGCAUGGUUUUGACUUGUUGGGCUGCAGCAGGUCAAUACUUGCUCGGGGAACGUUCCUAUCUUCCUUUUCUUUUUUUAAAGAUUGUGCAAUCUCAAUGUUCGACCUCAAAGUGUAUGCCAGAAAACAAAUUAUUGUGCAUUAUUAGUAAUUAGUAUAUUCGGUACGGCCGAAACCAAUGAAGGACUGUAAUAAGAGAAUGUAAAUAAGUUCUUUCUGGCCGUUCCACCUUUUGAUGAUUGUGCACUAACAUUGUUAAGAAAGUCUGUCUAUUGUAACAAUUCUGUAAAAAGAGUUUUUUUUUUUUUUUUUUUUACCAGGGGAAGUUGCAUUGUGAUUUAUAUAAUGCUUUGCACAUUCAUUUUAGCUCUUUACAUUCCUUCAAAGUAACUUCACGAGCCAUACGAAAAUUUUACCUAGACACUGCGUGUGUGUGGGCUUGUUUUUAGAAGCUGGUGUGUUCAGAAUUUGCAUACAAGGAUCCGCUGUUGCAAUGUGCUUUACGCUACAUCUGUUGUGUUUUAUCUCUACAAUAAGCUUGACACUACAUUCUUUCUACUGGUCAAAGUUGUGUACUUUUAGCUCUUGUAAAGAUGCUAGUGAUUUAUUUUUAACAACACACUUUUUUCUUGCUAUAACUGGCUAUUAGCAUAAUGUCCUCAAAUAUUCUAGGCCCUCCAUAAUUGCUGCCUUGAGACUUCACGAAACUUUCGUUGCGCCUGCACUCGUACAGUAAAAAUGCAGUGGUACCUGGCUCAACCUCGCAGCUCAAUUUGCAUGUGUGCCAUACACUGAGCCAGCUUCAACAAAUGUUUACAUGAUGCAGUCCUAAUUUUUUUGUACAAACAGUCUUAAGCAGUCUAGAAGUUGUUGUCCUGGAGGCUUCUCACAGACUGUGAGCUUCUGCACACUGUUUUUGAUGUCUUUUGCAAAUUGGAAACUGUGUAGUCUAAGGCACAAAUUGACUCAAGGAACUGUAGUUUGGUAAGGGGUGCAAUCUUUUCGCCAGAGCCGGCUGUCUUUCUCCAACCAGACAGUGCACCAAAGUACAAGCCUGACAGGGUUGGAUUUUUUCGCCAAUUCUAUGAGAGUCUCAGCCAAAUUCUGAAAGCCAGUCGAAAUCAAACACCAAGUAUCAGCUAUUAAAACAAGCAUAGAAUGUACUACUCCACAUAUGUGCUCUUUUUGUAGAUGUUAUCGGGUAUUUCAAACAGCAAUCGAGCAGUAAAAUAUUUUUCAUCUGUUAUAACCAUGCACAUUCAUAAAAUAGCUGUCCUGUUUCUGUGACCAGGUCUUGCAAGAUCCUAUUUGGCCAGUUACUAUAUAGGUUUGGGAGCAUUGAUGGCCCACUCAACACAACAGUUUCUUAUUUCAAAAAGAUAAAAUAUGAUUCCUGGAGUUCUAGAGUUAUUGGAGAUAUGUAUAUAUAUGUCAUGUGCACCACACCGCCGCCAUAAUUUUCAAAGUGCCGUCUUGCCGAAUCGCCCUACAAUCCCAAAGCUGAGCUGAGCGAUACUUGACGAGCUUAGUCCCCAGAGAAGUGUGCUUCUGCCAGUGUGCACUCACAGUUACUUGUUUGGGGAAUUUCGACGGGCUUGUGCGAUAACUCCGUUCAAGCCUUUCCGCUGCCGUAAGCCGUGAGUCCAUGAGUGGGUAUAUAUGGUGGUGCACUGUGUGUCCACUAGAGCCACUAAAUACUGAUAUACACUUUAGAGUGCUACUCCAUUUCCCCACUUAUCUUAUGGACACCACCAUUUUGGUGCCACCACGUGCUGGGCAGGUGCAAUCGGCGGUAGGUACCACCAUUUGAAAACGCAACGUCUUAAACUUAAGAUAGCCAGUGUUUUACAUUUCUUGAGUGUUUUUACAUUUCUGGAGAACAGAAAAGUGUUUCCUGCAAUUUCAUAUAACGAUCAGAUAACUGGCAACCAUGAUUUGAAGCACCAAGGUGGCCGAACUAUUGCUACUUUGAAGCGUGGCUUAUUUCGUGGAUCUAACGUCCAUUUGUCAAAAGCCUCAUAAGAAUUGUUUCGACUAAGGUCCUUUCUGACACAGUAUGACACAGGUUCGUCUAUGUGUGUAGCUUUUGUCUGUUUGCCAACAUAGCAUGUGGUUGUUACCCGGAAGUAGGAAGACCUUGCGUGCUUCUAAAACUGCAGGUAUUUCUCGGCAGGAGGCUCUUACCAGAAAGGGGAGUACAGGAGCACAAUCAAAACAAUAAAUGGCACGGUUUCUUUUUUUAUUUUUCAAUUCUUGAUAAAGGCAGCCAUGUCACUAAACCUAACCCUGGCAGAGCUUCUUUUUUUUUUUUUCUUGCUGAAGUUAAUUUAGAGCUAUGCUUGAUAUAAAAGCCAGUGCUUUUUCUUGUUUUGUUUCGGUGAGCAGAAUUUCUAGAUGCAAAUCAGAAUGACUAGCUUACAAUUCUGGUUUUUAUGCAUGGUGCUUAAAUUUACUAAAUAAGCUUAAGAUUGUGCUUUCCUUUUCCACUUAGGAGGCUAAAAAUCUGAUGAAGCACAAAUACUUUAAUAAAGAACAUUUCUGGUAAUUAUUAAUUAAGCAAAGUUGGGUUUGACCCAUAAAUAACUGACCCCUACGUAAUAAUCUUAGAGUAUGUCAUACAUAAUAUGUGCGAGAUGGCAUAAUUGGCACAGUCGGCACCACUUGCACUUGCAGAGUUAAGGCCCUACUACUUGAUAUCUCAUUGGAAGUUUGCUGUUAACAACACCGGCAUUAAUGCUAAGGCCCGUUCAUGCACUUGCAAUUGAGUAUAACCGACUAAUACAAGACCAGUUUUUAAGCCUCUUACAACAGCCUAGGACUGGCUCCACAACAGCGCAUCCAGUCCUAAGCCGUUGCAAGGGGCUUAAAAACCAGUCUUAUUUCUGCAGGUCCUAUUCGGUUGUAAGUGUGUGAAUGGGCCUUUACUAUAGUAACAUGCUAUUUAAUUUUUGGCAUUUGUUUUUCAAGAUUAGGAUGGACACUUCUUAGUUUGGAGAUAAUCGAAAGCACUGACUGUAGCUAUUAAGCCGAGGCUUUUAUAUUGGUAUUGAGAAAACGAGUGUCAUGUACGAAAAAACAGUGGGUGUGCAGGCGAGCUGGUGAUAAUUAAUCAUAAUGUAACACCUGAGACUGUGGUGCGGUUAAGAAACUUUGAAGUCAAAGGAAACGACCACAGAUGGGGAACAUCACCUACUGUUGUCUUUUCUUUUGACUUGAAAGUUUCUUGAUUUUUCUGCACCACAGUCUCUAAAGUUAUUUUAUGAUUAACUGUUAUGUGAAAGUUGAUUCAUGAAUAAGACAAAACACGAACAAGAAGUUAUUAAAAGAUGUUGCAUACCUUUAAUUGGAUUUCAUAAGCAAUAUGUGACUUUCUGAGUACAGCGUAUCUUAAUUUACACUACUUAUUUCAAGACUUAGUAGAUUUAUGGUAAGAUAUAGGUAGGCUCAGUUGUGUAAUCAAUGUUGAGAAAUGCUGCUGUUAUUGUAAUCGAUAUGAAACAUACAUUAUUACAAAGGAAAUAAAUGCAGACCAAGAUUUAAGAGGAAGAUUUACGGCAACUUUUAAUAUGCUACUGUUUUCUUACCAGUUCACUAAUUUUUACUUUUAGCUGUAUUUCUAAAUACUGAAUCUGUUUGCAUUGGUGUGAGCACUGACCCUAUGUUUUUUGUGAACCGUAGAUUUGCUUGUUGUAAUAAAUUUUACUCCAGCAAGCGCCCACCCCAAUAUAUUAUCAUACCUUAAUUACUUUAUGAUUUUGAUGGACAUUUGACUAUUUUAUAGAGAUCUUACUAACGUAUAACUGCCUGUAAACAACUACGCCUUAAUCAACAAGCACUCAACUUUGAACUUGUGCUUUCAAAGUUUUGUCACCGCACAAGGCCAACAAACUUUUGUUUUAAUUUUGCAAGUUUCUUAACACAGCAACUGGGUGCUUUACGUUUUGGCAAUAUAAAUUCUUAAAUAAUUUCUGCCAUUGAAAGUGGUGCUGGCUGUCUCCUAGAAAGAACUGGAUAGGCAUUUUGGUAUACUGGUGAGUCUGUAGCCUUGUUCUCCCUAUCGCUCCUUUUAAAGGAUUCUUCCUUGGUGAAAAGUCCUUCUAAGGAGUGUGUAGAAAUAAUGAUAUGGCUACGUGCAACUGUUUUCAAUAAUAGUUGUGUCUUCAGAUGCUUUACUAUACGACUUGGCAUGAAAAACUUAGCAGGCUAGGAUAGCUGGGUACACGUUGAAACUGCUGAAUUGUAAGGAAUCCUUCUCGCGCUCAAAUGCAUUUUCAGAAAGAUUUAUAACCUUUAUGUGCAUGCCCGUGGCUGGUCACCUAGUGAUGUUCAGUGACAAUAGUUUAGAACAGGGUUAGUUAUUCUCGUAACUGGCAUAGUACAAAGAAAUGCGCCUCCACCUUAACCUGUCAGCUCGUAUUCGAGACUCGCCGAGCAAAGCUCAUGCUUAGUGGCUUAGUUUCCUCAAAGUAUGCUACCAUUGAUCUGUGCGUGAGCUCUGCGCAUUGCUUGUGUCUGGACUUCUGCUGCCUAAGGACAUGCUAAACUACUUGUUCUUGUUUCUUUGUGCGUCUGAGAAAAAUUUAACUUUUCCUGGACUAAGAGCCUGGCAGGGAUUAGAUACUGUGUUCUCUAUUAGGAGUGGCUAGAUAGUAGGGACAUUAGUGUCAACCAUAUUUUUUAGGUUAAGGUAGAUGCUGUGGCUCUGCAAAUCUUUUUGACGUUACGAUUCUAGCUCUUUGACUACCUUCAGAGUAUUUUAGGACUGCGUAACCGGAGAGCUCUAACUGCAACAAAAAGUCGUCUAAAACUUUUUUUUUUCAUUGUAUUAUUUACAUUUUUGCAGAAAAAGUGACUUUGCAGAAAAAGUGACUUUGCAGAAAAAGUGACUUUGCAGAAAAAGUGAACUUCACUUACCUACAGUGAAAUUCCAAUGAGCAUCAUAACGGAUCUGAACUAAAUAUUAUCUCAAUCUUUAUUGUACAUUUUGUAUGUGGCUUUUUAAAAUAUAUUUUUGUCAUUCAACAUGAGCAGAAGUGGUUAAAUAGACCCACCAUAAGUGAUUUGCUUACUCCUACCAAGCACUUCUUAUCCAAAAAUUUUAACCCUCUCAUUUUCAGACCAGCUCAGGUGCAUACUACUUUAACAUUACUCAUCUCUGGCAUGCAUUUACAGAUGUGCUUAUGUGCGGUAUUAUUUCUUGGGCUAAAUAUCUAGCACACUUUCCUUCGCAUAAACACAACGCUGUUGCACUGGCGCGUCUGCCGGUAGUGCUGUUAAUGGUUAAUGCCAAGUUGUCGGCGUGACGCCAGCCAAUCGGAGAGUGGGGAAGGUCUGUGCGUGCGCUCGUGUUUCCUAUGCAAGUGCGUCCGUGUUUGGGAGUCCACUGUGACGACCCAGUGAGCACCAUUUCUAUUGACAUUGGUUCGAAGUGAAAUGUAGCAGCAAGUUUUUGUUCACCUUGCUAUGCUGCAAAAAGUGAAAUGUAUUUGAAUUGCCCUGUACUAGUUAGAAUUGAGGACGGUUGCCAACAAUUUUAUGUGUGUAUUGCCGGUUAGUAUGCAGACUUUAAUAUAUAUAUAUAUAUGUGUUGUGGUCGAUGUACAAACUUUUGCCCUCUUCAAGAGCAGAGAUACUCUUGCCAGUGUGACCUACUAUUUAUAAAUAGCAAUAUAUAUUUUUGUGUGAGAAGCAAACUGUUGUUGAGCAAUUAUAUAUAAUAAAAAAGCUUGAUGUGUU